AUGGCCUCGCAGUCUCUGAAGGGCAAGGUCGCCAUCGUCACCGGCGCCGGAAAGCCAAACGGCAUUGGUGCAGCAACCGCGAUUGCGUUCGCAGAGCAAGGCGCCAACGUCGCUAUUCAGUACAACAGCUCUGCAGGGCCUGCGGAGGAGACUGUUGCCAAACUCAAAAGCCUUGGGGUGCAAGCUGUUGCCAUUCAAGCCGAUGCAGGGGCCGCCGACUUCGGUAAAGUGCUUGUCGACGCGACUUUGAAAACCUUCAACACCAAGACCAUCGACAUCCUUGUCAACAACGCCGGGACGGCCGUAGUCAAUGCAGAAGGCAUCUCCUCCGUCGGAUUGGAAGAUUGGGACUCGGUGUUCCAUGUCAACGUCCGUGGGCCAUUCUUGCUGAUUCAAGCUGCUCUGCCAUACAUGAAGGCCGGUGGACGUAUCGUCAAUGUCGGGAGUGUUAUUGCGAGACUUGGUUCUGGCAUGUUGCCGGUUUAUGGCGCCUCUAAGGGAGCUUUGACGGCGCUGUCGAUUGCCUUGUCCGAUGAAUUGGGACCAAAGGGCAUAACCAUCAACACUGUUGCACCAGGCCCCAUCAAGACGGACUUGAGUAUGGAAGGCUCACCUAUUGGAGCAAGACUACGAAACAAUCAGCAUAUCAAGCGGGAGGGCACUGCGAAAGAGGUGGCCGAGUCUAUCUUGUUCAUUGCAAGCCCUGGUGCAUCAUACAUCACCGGGCAACUGAUCGGCGUGGAUGGUGGCAUCAGCUUCCCUUGA